AUGUUAAAAAAUGUUAAAGAUCAUCGUCUUGAUAAUCGUAUGGAAUCAUUUUUUCUUGCUGAAACAAUCAAAUAUCUUUAUUUAAUAUUUGAUGAAGAUAAUUUUCUACAUUCCAAUGGUGAAUAUGCAACAGAACAUGAAACACCAUUAGGUUCAUGUUUUCUUGAUACGGGUUAUGUUUAUAAUACAGAAGCACAUCCAAUUGAUAUUGGUUCACUUGAUUGUUGUACAUCAUCAAUAAUAAAUGAAAAAUCUUCCAAGAAAACUGAAGAAAAUUUAUUAACAAAAGAACAAAUGAAAUGGUUAAGAAAUUCAUUGAUAAAUCAAGAUAAUGAAAACUUAUCUGGAGCAAUAAAGAGAAAUUAUAGUUUAUUAACAUGUUCAGCACUUACUUAUGAACAGCGUUUUUCUGUUUAUGGAGAAAUCAUGACGUGA